AGAGAAGAAAGAAAAGCAUUUCAACUACUUUCAACUUGGACAAAUUUGUGUCGUGUAAAAGUUGACACAAAAUUGGGACAAACACCUGAAGCCCAGCCCAGAGCCCAACCCUGUGAAAACAAACGCCCAAUCACCUUGAAAAACGACACAAGGAUAAAGGGAGGGAGAACGCGAGUUCAACAAGUCGUAAAUCUUUUUGGGGCAGAGAGACCGGUUCAGGCUUUGGCAUGGCGCGUCGCAAGGAUAAGCCGCGUUUGAUACCCGAGCAGGACAAACGCAUCUGUCGCGCCAUUUGCCUCUGCCAGCUGACGAUGGUCCUGUCCUGCGUCUCCAUUGUCUACCUCAGCGUGGCCAUCUACUCGCCCUCCCUCAAAGCCUUCAAGUCGGGCUUCGAGCUGGAUCCGGUCAUGUGCCAGACCGUCGACCGUCAGAUGCCCAACAAUUGCCCCUGGGCUUCCUGUGGGGAAUGGUGUCUCACCCGCACCAGCGGCUUUUGUCCGCAAAUCCAUUCGAUUGUCCGACGCAAUGGCACCGAUAUCCAACUCAACAACUGCACCCGGGUGACCAACACAUCCUGCGCCAUGAUUGACCUGAAUCGCCUGAACAAGUUUAACUGCAACAAUGGCACCGUCUGCAACAACAUUCGCGGCGUCUUCAACUGUUCGAAUGGCCACUGCAAGAACAUGUCCGAGUUCUUUUUGUGCCACCACAAGCCGGAUGGACCCGUCAUCAAUUCGGCCAAGGACAACACGAAGCUGAACGGGUUCUUCGAGUGCCACGGCGUGCACUGCACCAAGAUCAAGCGACCCUUCAGCUGCGAUCGCUACUGUUCCCGCAUAACCACCGCCAACAUCAACACGCUCAUCAUGCACGAGGACAAUGUAAUUGCGGCCGACUGCGAGAACGCGGUGGCCUUCAACGAGGCGCGCGGCAAGGAGCACGGCGUCCGCAUCGAACCGACCGAAUUCUGGAAGGAGGACGACGGCAAUCUGUUGACCAACUGUGCGACGGUUACACGCGAAUCGGACAAUCGCAUCACCGCCACGGACUGCCUGAACGGCACUUUGCUGGAGCACGAUGCGCUGCCGGCUCCGUUUAUGAACUUCACACAGUUCUGGGCCAUCUAUGAUAACAGCACGCAUGCCAUCGAUCCGGAGCAAAAGUUUCUGCCCAAUCAGGCAAAUCUGACCAUCUACACGUGGAAGAAGUUGUUCAUCAAUUUGGAGGGCUGCGUCAACACGCUGCGCGGCGAGUGCAAGGACUUCGUGGCGCGCUAUGGCAACGAUGGCGACAACAACACAGCCCAGUCACGCUAUCAAUGCUACUACAACAAGGAUGUAAAUGUGGAAUUUGUGGUCGCACGCUACGAUCUGGAUAAGGUGUAUCGCGAGCUGGUCGUCUCGCUGAUUGUGCCCAUUGUGCUAUUUGUCAUUUCGUCCAUAUCGUUGUGCGUCAUUACCAAGUCCGUUAAGGUGGGCGACGAUGCCAAGAUGCGUUGCGUCUGCGCUGGCGACGAUUCGGAUGAUGAUGUCUUUCACAAUGCAGCUGCCAAGCAGCCGGAACAGGUCUAUGAUACGGACGACGAUGUGGUGGACCUGGAGCAUCAAGCAGCUGUCGAGCUGGAUGUUGCGGAGCCGGAGCCGGAGCCGGCACAUCCAUUCGAUACGCAGGAAAUGAUUGGCAGCACAAAGUCCCUGAUACCGCUGAGUCCCACUGACGCGUCGGGCAACGCCGAGCAGGAGUCAGCAGCAGAGGAUCAGGACGAGAAGGCCGCCAAAUGUGAUGUGCCCGAAAAGCCGCUGGUUAUACUCUAAAGAUUGCCUUAGGCUGGCCAUAAAAUUAGCUCAGGAUAUUGCUUAAAAAACUACACUUGAUAUAGAGAACUCUACCAAUCUUUAGGGACCUGUGCAGUGUACAACAAUGUAAACUGAACUUAUUUUUUAACUCAGCGCUAUUUACCUCUGCAUUUAUAGGGCAUUUUUUUACGUACCUAUAUAUAUAGUGUACAUUUACAAAGAUCAAAAUUUAUGUUAGCCUUUCGCUAGACGCACACAUCUCAGAUUUUCUAAAAAAAAAAGGCAACGAAAGUUGCUCAAUGUAACUCUCAAGAGCUUUAUAAUUAACCUCUUCAAAAAGGGUUAUACGACCAGAUAGAAAAACUUAACUAUAGACAGAACAAAAUACAUAUAUCAAGCCUCCCACCUUGUCCGCUUGGUUCAGCAGAUGCGCUGUGGAAGAGUCAGCUGCAUUUAGACAAGAAUUUAUACAUAUUCCAGGGAAUAUAGAAGGAAUAUUAACGACGAUUAACGCGCUUGUUACCCUGCUGGACCAUAGAACUAAUAGAUAAGCUCUUCGAGAUUCCUUGCAGGAGAACUAAUAGACAAGCUCUUCGAGAGUCAAAUGCAUUUAUUUAGCAAUAUGUACGAACGAAAUACGACAAAUCAAGAACCCAACACGAAUUCACUAGAUAAAUAUAUAUACUUAUAUAUAGAGGGGCAUCCGACUUUGCCUUGAUUUUCGAUUUUCGAUUUAGUAGCUAUGCCAAUAUACAAAAAAAUACUGGAGAUAUCUUAUGCUCGGACUUAGUUUAGCUGAUCUAUGCGAAAUUUAUAUCAAAGAACUUGGCUGCAAGCCUGAAAGAUAAUUGUUGCGGGUUGGAUAUUCCGGUUACAGCCGAGGUCUCGACUUCCUAGGAACCUUUGGGUCAUAUGGAGAUAUAUCAAAAAGUUCUAGGUUCGA